AUGCUUACCGGCGCUUCGCGUGGCCUGCUUGCAAUUACGCCAAUCGAGCGGCUGGACUACAAGCACUGUCUCUUGUUCGAUUGCGUACUGCCCGACGACCCACGCCCGCUGGACGACUCGACGGUGCUCACGCGGGGUGACUACGUCUGCUGCUACACCGGCCCCACAGGAAUAGAUACCGACAGGAUCUCUCAUUCCUCACACUUUUUCCCCGACGAUGUUUAUACCCUUCCGAGAACACUCCAGGUUCUGCUAGAUGAGGAUGCUGCUUUUUCGGAGAUGUACAAAUCGUCCUACAGCGGAAACCCGGAGACCUUGAACCCGUACCUAGCGGUACCGGCAACCAUUACUCCAGAGCUCUGCAACAUGGCCUGGGAGAAAUAUGCCCCCAAAUGCAUGUUCACCGGAUCGACGGGCGACGCGGGCGACCGUAGUGUCGGCGUUUACUGGAUCUACCCUCCUACAGCGCACAGCAGAAUGCUCGCCUACUCCUGCGUACCCCGGCGCACAUGUCAGGCAGACUUCACGCAGGAAGAUAUGGAAGUCGCUGCAAACGUCGUCACUAUGCGCGCGGACAUCCAUCGGCUUUGGCUGGCUAACGCCAUCAGCGUCGACGUCGACGACGGAUACCGCAUCGUUGUUUUCGACAAGAUCGCUCAAGCCACCCAGUUCUUCACCCGUCUCCGAUUCGAUGCACAGGACCAUAACAGUCUCCGCGAUGAUUUCUUCCGCGAGCAAUUCCGCUACACGCUUGCCGUACGCCUCCUGGGAGGGCACCUCGUUCCUCAUGACGUUAGGCGUGGGGACGUCAUGGAAUUUCUGGGAAAGGUAAAAUACGCUCCCGACAAGGUGACUCCGAGAGCGUCGGACCUCAAGCACAAGAAAUGGAGAACUCGGGUGGGAAAGGUGGCGCUGCAGCACAUCCAGGCCAUGCAUCCCAACCUGAAGCUUGAACUUCCCGAGCACCUCAUCAAGGGCGGUAGCUUGGAGGAGGAGGACACGGACGAGAGUACGGAUGAAGAGGAUACAGACGUGGUGGCAACGGAGGACGAGAGUGAUUGA